AUGAUUUUCCUUGUUUCGAUGCUCUUUGGCAUACAGGUGCUUUGCUCCUGGGCUGCCCCUCCUCCUGCCAGAGAAGCACAGACUGCACUGCUUUCCCUCGCCUGUGAUGACCCUGCAGUGGAGGAGACUGCAGAUCUGGCUCUUGGCCAGAUCAAUGCUGACCAAAAAGAGGGCUACAUACUCAGUCUCAGUCGGAUUUUCAGUGUCCAAGAGCACCCUCAGGAAAUCACUGGUUCUGUCUUCUAUCUUAUCCUGGAUGUAGUAGAUACUGAAUGCCAUGUACUCAGCAGAAAGCCGUGGAAGAACUGUAAGACCAGAGUUGCUCAUCAAACUGUUUAUGGUCAAUGCAAAGUAAUCAUCUACAUUAAUCAACCAAGAAAUAUUGCUCAUCUGAAUACUUAUGAGUGCAUUUUACAACCAGUUCCACCCAGAUACAUUUGGAGAUUAUGUCCUGAUUGCCCACUUGAUGACUAUCCAUCUGAGCCCAAAUACUUGGAGGCUGCUGUUCAAUGCCUGGCCAAGUUCAAUGAAGAGAGUGAACAAACUCAUUAUUUCUCUCUUGUCAAUGUCACAAGAGCUUCAAUGCAGUGGGUCACUGGUCCUGCGUAUUUUGUAGAAUUUUUAAUUCAGGAGACAUCCUGCUCUAAAAAUGACACAAUUGCUGACGUCCUUAAAUGCAAGUCACUUUCAUUGGAACUAGCUCAAAUAGGUUUCUGCAAAGGCUCUACAGCAAGCAGUGACAUGGACCAUAAACAGAUUGUGACAGUAUCCUGUGAAAUCUACAGUCUACAGGAUCCUGCCAUUGAAGAGGGGAAACAACAAGCUAAGCAGACACCUGGAAACUCCAGUGAGAAUCAACAAGCUUUCCCUUCAGAAACCAAUCCUUUCUCACCACACCUUGAAAAAACAGUAGGCUGGGUUAAAAUUCUAGCCCCUUCAACUGAGGACAUCUCUUUCCAAAACCUACCAGAAAGGCAAAAACAUAAAGGUGGAAAGCCAGUUCCACCUAAGGCUGUAGGAUCUGCCCCCAGGCUUGAUGGAGAAGAGGCUCAGGUAAACAAAUCAGACUUGAUCAAACCAGGCAUUGGACCAGUUAUUCUCCCUUUUCCUGAAGAAUUUUCUCUGUCAGACUCAUGCCCAGGAGAAACAAAGAAAAUAAAUUCCAUCCUUCAGCCUUUGCUGCCUAAGAAGCCUACCAGAGCCUAA